CUUCAGGGUAGCACUCGCCUGCCUGCUUUCUCAAUGGAUGGUGACUUCGUUAUUGGGGGUGUUUUUAACAUACACUACUACAUUCACACAGUGAAGCAUAACUACACUUCCAUACCUGAGCCAAUAAAGUGCAAAGGGAGCAUUGACUCCCGUGAACUGCGCUUCUCACGUGCAAUGGUCUUUGCCAUCGAAGAGAUUAACAACAGCACAGAGCUGCUGCCAGGCAUCAAACUCGGUUAUCAGAUCUACGACUCAUGCGGCUCUGUGCCUGUGGCAGUGCAUGUGGCAUUUCAGCUUUCAAAUGGCCUGGACCCUGUAUUUUACACCGGUGACAACUGCUCUCAGUCUGGUAUGGUGAUUGCUGUUGUUGGUGACUCUGGAUCCACACCGUCCAUCAGCAUGUCACGUAUUACUGGAUCCUUUAACAUCCCUCAAGUGAGCCACUAUGCCACUUGUGCAUGCCUGUCUGAUAAGCAGCAGUACCCCAGUUUCUUCAGAACAAUCCCCAGUGAUCAGUUCCAGGCUGAUGCUCUGGCCAAGCUGGUGAAACACUUUGGCUGGACUUGGAUAGGUGCUGUCAAUUCAGAUUCAGAUUAUGGCAAUAAUGGCAUGGCAUCUUUCCUGGAAGCAGCACGCAAAGAGGGAAUCUGCGUGGAAUACUCUGAAUCUUUCUAUCGAACCCAUCCACAUAGCAGGAUCCAGAGAGUGGCAGAUGUUAUCCGGAGGUCCACAGCCAUGGUUGUUGUGGCAUUUACAGCUUCUGGAGACAUGAGGAUCCUGCUGGAGGAGCUGUCACGCAAGCCUUCUCCACCUCGCCAGUGGAUAGGCAGUGAGUCCUGGGUAACUGACCCAGACAUGCUGAGGUUCAGCUUUUGUACUGGAGCCAUCGGAUUUGGCAUUGAGAAAUCUGUCAUUCCAGGUCUGAGAGACUUCUUGCUGGAUCUCUCUCCCUCUAAAGUGUCUGCCUCUCCGUUGCUGACUGAGUUCUGGGAGGAUGCUUUCAACUGCAGGCUGGGGAAAAACAAGAGUGUGUGCGAUGGAACUGAAAACAUACAAACACUCCAGACCCCAUACACUGAUACAUCACAGCUGCGAAUCACUAACAUGGCGUACAAGGCUGUUUACGCAAUAGCACAUGCCAUCCAUAAUGCAGUGUGCAAGAAAACUAAUGCUACAGCUCAAUGUGACAAAUUCACCAGGACAGAAUCCAAAGAGGUUCUUAGUCAACUGAAAAAUGUAAAUUUUUCCCAAAAUGGUUAUGAUGUGUCAUUUGAUGCCAACGGAGAUCCUGUGGCCACAUACGAACUGGUUAACUGGCAGAAAAGUGAGAGUGGGAGCAUUGAGUUGGUGACAGUAGGGCGCUAUGAUGCAUCAUUGCCAGUGGGCCAGGAGUUCAGGAUCAACAGGAAGCUCACCUGGAUGGAUGGUGGCACACAAGUGCCUGUGUCAGUGUGCAGUGUCAGCUGUCCUCCAGGAACUCGUAAAGUGCUGCAGAAAGGAAAACCCAUCUGCUGUUAUGAUUGUAUACCAUGUCCUGAGGGAGAGAUCAGCAAUGACACAGAUUCUCCUGAUUGUUUCUCGUGCCCCAAGGAGUUCUGGCCUAAUGCAGAGAGAGACACUUGUCUCCCAAAGCCUGUCGAGUUUCUUUCCUUCAGCGAGGUCCUGGGAAUAAUCCUGACUGUAUUCUCAGUUGGUGGUGCCUGUCUUGCCAUUGUAACAGCAGUGGUUUUUUAUCGUCACAGGACAACCCCGAUUGUCAGGGCCAACAACUCUGAGCUGAGCUUCCUGCUG